AUGAAACGUGUGUUGGUCAAGGAUCUCUCCGCCAACGUGUUAAAGUUGCCACGACUGCCGAUUCCGUCGCUUGAGCAGACAGCGGAACGGUACCGCGCCAGCAUUAUCCCGCUGAAGCCACCGGAGACGGCGAAGGCCCACUUUUUGAAGCUUGACAUGUUUGUCUGCAGCUCUGGCGUGACGCUGCAGAAGGCGCUUGUGGAUGCCAAUAAGGCGGCGGAGGCGAAUGGCGGCUACCCGUACUCUUACAUUGAGCCCAUCUGGGACCGCAUGUAUUUGUCCAACCGCGCUCCGUUGCCAGUAAACACAAAUCCGUCAAUUCUCAUCAAGAAAGUAAAAAACAUGGGUGAGACACAAGCCAGCGUCGCAGCCUCCCUUGUAUACGGUAUCGCUAAAUGGGUGCGGAACGUCCUGAAAGAUGGUGUGGAGGUGCGUGACACAAAUAUGGACCUAUCGCCGUUGCUGCGCCAGCUUGGGGCUUCAUUGUUUCCAGGCGAGAAGGCGGACGAAUUUCAUACCACGCCAUUGGAGAAGCUACGCCAUAUUGUUGUGUUGCAUGAUGGUCACCCCUAUGCCGUUCGUGUUUUCGAUGACCAGCAGGUCCCGCUGGAGCAGGCCGUGAUUCAAAAGUGUUUGGAGUACAUUCUUUCCAUCACUCCGGAUGCCGACAACACGACACCAGUGUCGGUACUCACUGCCGGCAGCCGCGAGAUAUGGGCUGGUGCCCACGCGGAACUAAUCAAGACUCCAGGUAACGCGGAGACCCUACAGAAGGUGCGCGAAGGCAUGGUGGUGUUGUGCUUGGACUCAAACAGGUGGAAUAACAAGGAAAAUGUAAAGAACGGAGCAAUACUGCACGGAAAUAAGGAUGAAUCGGAGAACAGGUGGUACGACAAGCACCAAAUUAUUGUCUCCGCGGAUGGUGAGGUGGCGUUUAACUGUGAGCACGCUGGCAGUGACGCGCUGCAGUGGGCACGGUGGAUCGGUGACGUCUUGCAGAGCAUUGAACAGAACGUCCCAGCACCUGCGGCCGCGGCGGUUGAUGCGACGCACAUCACCGCCUUGGUGGAGCCCCUCCGGGUCACCUUUGGCAAGGCGUUUGCAGGGCACAUCCGAAGUGCACGCACAGAGGUGCUGAACCUCAUUGCAGACACCGCCUUGGGGCACCUGUACCUGCCGUUUGGCGCAACCCAGCUGAAGCAGCUUGGGGUAAGUCCUGAUGCGUUUGUGCAGAUGUGCUUCCACGUGGCCUUUCACAAGUGCCGGAACAAACUCGCGCCCACCUACGAGGCCGCCUCCACCGCGCGCUUUUUUCACGGCCGCACCGAGACUAUUCGCUCCGCCACGCAUGAGAUGCACAAGUUAGCGGAGGCCAUCAACAAGGCGACGAAGGACGAUGCGGUGCCAGGCGAAGCAGAGCGAGGGACGCUGUUGGCGCUCAUAAAGGCUGCCUCGGAGCGCCACGUCACAAUCGCCCGGGCGGCAUCCCGUGGCGAGGGUGUUGACCGACAUCUGACGGCGUUGAACCGGUUGGCCGUCGAGCACGGCGAUAAGGCUGCGCUCAACUUCUUCGACGAUGAGACUUACAAGACGUGCUGCAAGUGGACGCUUAGCACGAGUAACGUCUCGUAUCCGUGGAUGGAGCGCCUCGUGUUUGGGCCUGUAACCCCCAACGGUUAUGGCCUGGGGUAUGUUGUGGACAAGAACGAGGUGCGCAUCAUGCUGUCUGCCUUCACCCGCAGCCCGUCGACGAACGUAGACGAUAUGAAGGCUGCGAUUGCGCUCUCCGCGACGCGGUUGCACCAGGUUCUGUCCGCGGCCAAGCUUUGA